AUGGCGCCGGUGUACAAGAUUGCGGUCGUGCAGCUGCAUCCUAAGCCCCUCGACAUCGAAGGCAACCACGCGGCAGCCGUCAAGUAUAUCCGCGACGCAGCGAGACAGUCCAUCCAGCUUGCCGUCCUCCCUGAGUACCACCUAACCUCCUGGGUGCCCGACGACCCCGGCUUCGUGCCCCUUUGUGCCCAGUACCAGAAGUAUCUCGACUCCUACUGCGCUUUAGCGAAGGAGCUGAACAUCUGCAUCGUCCCCGGCACCAUCGUCGAGAAACACGGCGACGACCUACUGAACAUCGCCUACUUCAUCAGCAGCGACGGAAGCAUCCUAGGCAGCUACCAGAAGAAGAACCUCUGGCACCCGGAACGUCCGCACCUGUCCAGCUCAACCCAUGAGCCCCAGCCCAAGAAAUCUUCAACCACGCUCCGCGCUCCCGACCGAGACCCUGCAGAAUCCACGCUGACUUGGAUUGAAAUGAAAGACGUAGCGUUCGACACGCCGCUCGGGAAGGUCGGCAUGCUCAUCUGCUGGGACCUGGCCUUCCCCGAAGCCUUCCGCGGCCUGAUCGCCGGCGGCGCAAAGAUCAUCGUCGUGCCGACCUUCUGGACGCUCGGGGACUGCAGCCCUGCCGGCCUCGCGAGGAAUCCGAUGGCCGAGGAGCUGUUUCUGGAUAGUAUGAUGACGGCACGAGCGUUCGAGAAUACGUGCGCGGUUGUGCUGGCCAAUGCAGGUGGACCGAGAGGGGAUGAAGAGAGGGGCAGCUGGGCGGGAGGCAGCCAGGUCGCGGUGCCAUUCUUAGGGGCCUUGGGACGGCUGGGGUGGAAGGAAGGGUGUAGUGUUGUCGAACUUGACAUGGAGAUUCUGGAAGAAGCAGAGGCAAACUACAAAGUCAGAGAGGAUAUGGGGAGAGAAGGCUGGCAUUACUGUUAUACUCUGACCCGGGAGUCGCACGCGAGCAAGGCGUGA